UUUGUGUGUGUGUUUUUUUUCAGGGAGCGAAAUAGAGAGAGGCACAAAUCACCCCGGAGCAAAGAUGGCAGAGGAUCCGAAAAGGCUGUCACCAUCCAGGCGCCCACCGGGGAGCCCCUGCUGGGGAACGACUCCACGCGGACGGAGGAAGUUCAGGAUGACAACUGGGGGGAGACCACCACGGCCAUCACCGGCACCUCGGAGCACAGUAUCUCCCAGGAGGACAUCGCCAGGAUCAGCAAGGACUUGGAGGACAGCGUGGGGCUGGACUGCAAGCGCUACCUGGGCCUCACCGUGGCCGCGGCGCUCGGACUCCUAGUCUUCCUCACCCCCAUCGCCUUCAUCCUGCUGCCCCCCAUCCUGUGGAGGGACCAGCUGGAGCCCUGCGGCACCAUCUGCGAGGGACUCUUCAUCUCCGUGGCCUUCAAACUCCUCAUCCUGCUCAUCGGGACCUGGGCCCUCUUCUUCCGCAAGCAGAGAGCCGACCUGCCCCGGGUGUUCGUGUUCCGGGCCCUCCUGUUGGUCCUCAUCUUCCUCUUUGUGGUUUCCUAUUGGCUCUUCUACGGGGUCCGCAUUUUGGACUCCCGGGACCGGAAUUACCAGGGCAUCGUGCAAUACGCGGUCUCGCUGGUGGAUGCGCUGCUCUUCAUCCAUUACCUGGCCAUCGUCCUGCUGGAGCUCAGGCAGCUGCAGCCCGUGUUCUCGCUGCAGGUGGUCCGCUCCACCGACGGCGAGUCCCGCUUCUACAGCGCGGGGCACCUCAGUAUCCAGCGAGCAGCACUGGUGGUUCUGGAAAAUUACUAUAAGGAUUUCACCAUCUAUAACCCCAACCUCCUAACAGCCUCCAAAUUCCGAGCAGCCAAGCACAUGGCGGGGCUGAAAGUCUACAACGUGGAUGGCCCCAGUAACAACGCCACUGGCCAGUCCCGGGCCAUGAUCGACGAGGCCGUGACGAACGGGCUGCGGGACGGACUCGUCUUCGUCCUGAAGUGCCUGGACUUCGGCCUCGUGGUCACUGUGAAGAAGAUCCCCUUCAUCGCGCUCUCGGAGGAGUUCGUAGACCCCAAGUCGCACAAGUUUGUCCUCCGCCUGCAGUCGGAGACGUCGGUGUGAAAGUCCUGCGUUUGCGGCUUUAUUCCAAGAAAAGAACAGGGAGGGAGACCCGCGUGCACGGAGGGCCACCUGGCGUGUGUGACGUUCAUUGCCGAGCCUGGCGGGCGCUGGACCAGCGGCCUGACCUGCACUUUAUUUGGAAGGAAGACGAGGUGUCGCCCUGGAAAUCCGUGCGGGGGACACCUGACUGGCGGAUGGGACUUCUCCAGAGGCCGUCCCCCGGCGUUCCUGUGGCAGCUGUAACCAAAGCGGAGCGGGCGGCUCCGGGAGCCUCGCCUUACAGCUUCGUCCCCGCCGUCUCCGGCGCCACACCCUCCACAGCUCCCAGGGGACGCGUCUUUAUCCUGGUUCCGGAAGCCAGACGUGUGUGUGUGUGUGUGUAAAGGUCCAGUUCCACUCCCCCCGCAGCCAGGGGCUGUUCCUUGUUGCCUUAGGUUCCACCGAGAGAGAUCACAACAGAAAAUGUGCACUAAUGAUUCGAUUGGAUCUUUCUUUUCCCAAAGAGAAAACCAGGCCGCUCUGUUUCUGAUCCUGUUUCCCUACCGGCCAGAGCAGGUAGCCUCUGCUCACUCUGUGAUGGGCACCUGUCUUCACCCGUCCGUUCCCUCCCCUCCCCCCUCCCCCAGCAGACAGACAGACAGACACACACACAUGCACACACACACACACACACCACCCACCCCGGCUGGCAGGUCCGGCCCGGGAAGCCCAACCUUCAGAGCUGCCAGGGACCUGGCCCUGCCCGUGUGCCUCAGGUGCUCCCACAGAUUGUUUGCGUGGAUUGCCAGGAGGGCAAGCCAGCUGGAAUGUCCCUUAGAACCCCUCCCCGGCUCCCCACCCACCAGGGAGGACUGACACUGUGGCGGACUGGCAGCUUCAGCGUGGAGCCUCUAACGUCCCGGGAGUGCCUGCCAGGGGAGACCAGCCACCGCGCUGACAGCUGACAGCCCCUGAUUUCUGACCACCGUCACUGUGCACCCCACUCCUGCCCUCUGCCGCUCACUCCCGGGAAGGGCUGGUCGGCCCCUGGUGUUGACCUGGCUUGUAGAGUUUGGUCAAGAGAGAAGGAAAGGUGCCCUGGCUAGGGUGGCUCAGUUGGUUGAGCAUCAUCCUAUGCACCAAGAGGUCUCUGGUUUCAUUCCUGAGGGCACCAGAGAGAGAGAGAGAGAGAGGGAGAGAGAGAGAGAGGGAGGGAGGGAGGAUGGGCCGCAGAGCAUAGGGAAAGGGGAGUGGGGGGGCCAGUCUUAGGGUCCGUGAUCAGCUUCUUAAAUGCAGCUGGUUCCAGGGGCUUUCCCGGGGCCUGGGCUGGGGGCGGGGAGCCUUCCCGGCAGAGGCCUGUGCAGGGGUUCAGGGGGAGCCACACCGGGUUCUCCUGCCUCCCUCUGCCUCCUGUAUCCACGGCACACCUUUACCAAGUGCUCCCUCGUGCUUUCCCGGGCACGUAGGGCCCCGUCCGCUCGCUUCAGUGUGUUCCCACACCCCCCGCCCUGGUUAUGCGUCCACAGGCGGCACAGGAUUCGUGUGUCGUUCUUUAAAUCAGCGUCGGCUUUGGAUAUCUGUACCUGAAAAAGGAAACAGUGUUCUUGAACGAACAGCCUUCAGGUCGAAAGGAAGACGUGUUGGGAAAGAAGGAAGGGAAGCCAGUCGGCCUGGCGUGGGGCCGAGGUGCACUGUGUCACCGCACGGUUCCGCUGCUGGAACACCCCCCCGUAACCAUGGUGCUUCCGCCCUCUUAGUGUUUGCCUGUAGGUCCCUUCAAGCCGGACAUUCCUUAGGGUGAUGUCUUUCUCAGGAAUAUGUUUCGGGAGAUGGUGAAUGUCUAUGACUUUGGCUGCGUGAAGGUUACAACGUCCGAGGCGGCUGCGUCGGGGGCACAGCGGUGGACACGCCCUCCAUGUCCCUGCAUGUGGUUCGCUGCUCGCCAGCGUCCCCAGGGCCCAGGCUUCCAGCCCGGUCUGCAGUUGCCAGCCCCGGAGGGGUCAUGUCGGAUUGGCUGCUUCGGCGCCUGCACCCCCGCAGGUGAAGAAAGGUUAAUAUAUUUCCUCUCUACCUGUUUCUCUCUCCCUCAGCCUUGUCAGACCUUCUGAAAUUACUGUUUCUGUUUUAAGUUGAAUACUGAUUUUUUUUUACACUGACUUUGUACGAACCCUUUUUUGAAAGAAUACCAAAAUAAAAUGCAGGGUCUCUGGACACAGACUUUGCACAUUCAAACCCUUAAUAGCGGGGACAGUGUCCAUGGCGUUAACACGCUGAAGAGCCGCACCCCGCCCUGGAACACAGCGAGUCUUUAUUUCAGUUCCUGGAACCAAUCGGCUGUUCUUCUUAAAAGGGGGUGUUCUGUGCCCUGGGGCUGGUCGCCUAUAGAUACAUCCACGUUAGAGGAGACAGAUUUCAUUUGCCUUAACUGUUUAUAGAUUUUUCUAUAACUUUCAACUGAAGGUUUUACAUUGUGGACGUUAAUUGCUAAAGCGCAGGAGGUAAUGAGCGCCCGCCCGAGACCGCUGUCUCCCUGGCGGUGUCUCAGCCAGUAGAUAACUUUUGUCCUGAAGUGUGUCCUUUUGAAGGUAAUGGCCAUUUUUAAUCGCCCGUGACCUGAAUGUUGAAGUCUGCGUGCUCGGAGGUGGAAGGGAUGGUAAGGUGUGGUCGUUCAUCCAUCCUUUGCAUUAGCAGUUAAGUCGAAGCACAGAAUGUUUUCGCUCAGGUUCAUCAAGCAAGCCCUCGAGAAAGUGCUUGGCCAGCGAGCUGCCCAGCCAUUACCAUCUCCCUUUCUCCCUCUCUCUUCAAAUCUACGGACAGGACAGGUCCCAUACAGCGGGUGGUAAGAGGUAGAUGGCCCCUGUGGGUGUGUGCACACGUGUGUGUUGUGUGUAUGUGUGUGUGCCUGUGUGUUAUGUGUAUGUAUGUGCCUGUGUAUGUGUGUGCACGUGCCUGUGUGUGUCGUGUGUGGCUUGUUGCCCGAGCUUGGACCUCCUUUUCCAUCAGGAGAACGUGGCUGUGCUGCUGUGUGUAGGAGAGGGAUGAGGUGCCCGUCGAGUACUCUCUGUCUUGCAUCUCAGCUUCCCCUCUGAGUACACGUGUUUAGAUGUGGAUAUGGCUCAGUGGGGAGCCAUGUGCCUUUUGGGUUGGCAGAACGCGAUCACCCUGCCCCUCCCCAUGCCUGCCCCUGGGAGAGAGUGUCCCAGCCACUCAGUGAGACCAGCAAAUCAGGCCUGCGGUUGGCUCUUCCCCCUGGGCCCUGCUGUGUCAGGCUCUCUCAGCAGCGACGCGCAUCCUGUGUGGCUGGGUGUUUCCAUGCACAUGAGCCUUUCUCAGCGUGUGUGUUAGCACGUAGAUGGCAUGUUUGCAUGUUAGGCACCUGCACAUCUGUGUUGUCUGUGGCAGAUGGUAUGUCUCUUCGUAGGUAACUUGUUUGUGUGUUUCUAUGGAUGAGUGUGUGAGGUGCAUGUGUUUCUACACAGGCCGUGUGUUCGAGAGAUUUCCUAAUUGCACCCAUGGUUGGGAGGGUGCUGCAUAGCCAGGGACCCCGCCCUCCCUCCUGUGCCCCUUUCCCUCGGUCACACCGGCUCCUCCCAGGAGUGAGCGACGUUGGCACUGAGCUGUCUCCUGCAGGGCCCGCCCACCUGCAGGCCAGUCCACGGGACCUUGUUCAGGCCUGUCUGACCUGACAGCAGAGAGGAAGGUCAAGUUCUGUGUCAAUUACCCUUCCACCUCCAUGACCCUGGAAGCCUUACUGUAUGUUUCCCAAUACAGCUUAAAAAUUGAGCGUCAUCCCAAAAAUGAGCUGGAACCCUGAGGGUAGCACAGAACGUUGGCACGAUAUUUAAACAGUCCUGCCGCAGCAACCCUGCGAUUGUAAUGUGAUGCUGUGUUUCUGGGUAGCAUUGAUGCUUCCUGCAUCUUGUUACAAAAAAUAAAUCCCUGCUGUGAACGUA